AUGGAUAUCUCCAUCAGUAUUACCAAUAGUUCCUCUUUCCAGAUUUCCCAUUUUAUCUUCAUGGGAUUUCCAGGCAUUCAUGAGUGGCAGCACUGGCUCUCUCUGCCCCUGGCUCUGCUCUACCUCUUAGCUCUUGUUGCAAAUCUCCUCAUCAUGAUCACCAUCCAACAAGAGUCCACACUGCAUGAACCUAUGUACCAUUUGCUGGGCAUAUUGGCAGUAGUAGACAUGGGUCUGGCCACCACCAUCAUGCCCAAGAUCCUAGCUAUCUUCUGGUUUGAUGCUAAGAUCAUCAGCCUCCCUGAGUGCUUUGCUCAGAUGUAUGCCAUCCACUGCUUCUUUGGCAUGGAGUCUGGUAUCUUCCUCUGCAUGGCGAUUGACAGAUACAUAGCCAUAUGUCACCCCCUUCGUUACCCUUCCAUAGUCACUGGAAGUUUUGUGAUCAAAUCCACAGUACUCAUGUUACUCAGAAAUGGCGUUUUGGUCAUCCCAGUGCCUGUACUGGCUGCCCAGCGACACUACUGCUCCAACAAUAAAAUUAACCACUGCCUGUGUUCUAACUUAGGGGUUAUCAGCCUGGCUUGUGAUGACAUCACUAUGAACAAAUUUUACCAACUGAUCUUAGCAUGGAUUGUAAUUGGCUUUGAUGUCACUCUGGUUUUUUCUUCCUACGGGCUAAUCCUUCGCUCUGUGCUGCGACUGAACUCAGUAAAAGCAAUGGCCAAGGCAUUAAGCACCUGUAGCUCCCACCUCAUACUUAUCCUCUUCUUCUAUACAAGUGUCAUUGUGCUGUCUGUGUCACACCUAGUAGAGAAAAGUGUCCCUCUUGUCCCCGUACUCUUCAAUGUGUUGCACAACGUCAUUCCCCCUGCACUCAACCCCAUGGUCUAUGCACUCAGGACACAUGAGCUCAGACUGGGCUUCCAGAGACUUCUUGGGCUGAUUAACCACAUGUCCACCAAGUAA